AUGUCUAAUGGAAGCCUUGAAAUGUGGUUAUAUUCCCAUAACUCUUGCCUUAAUCUCCUUCAAAGGAUUGGCAUCAUGAUUGACGUAGCAUUAGCUCUGGAAUAUCUCCAUUACGGUCAAUUAGAGCAUGUGGUUCAUUGUGAUUUGAACCCGAGCAAUGUCCUUCUAGAUGAAGACAUGGUUGCACAUGUUGCUAACUUCAGCAUUGCAAAAAUGUUAGCUAAAAACAAGACUGCAAUACAGACCAGGACUUUAGGUACCAUCGGCUAUAUUGCUCCAGGACAAGUCUCAACAAGUGGUGAUAUAUAUAGCUAUGGUAUGAUGCUUUUGGAAACAUUCACAAGAAAGAAACCCACAGAUGAAAUGUUCUCUGCAGAGAUCAAUUUAAGGCAAUGGGUGAGCACAUCACUUCCCAACAAAAUUAUGAAAAUAGUGGAUGGUAGUUUAUUGAGGAUGCAAAAUGGCAGUGACAUGGUUGCCUCACAUAGCAUUCUUCUUGCUAUUUUAGAGUUGGGUUCGGACUGCACCAGUGAGUUACCUGUGGAGAGGAGGGACAUUAAGAAGGUCCUUGGCAAGCUGAACAAGAUCAAACAACAAUUCCUUCAAAUCCAAAGUAUUUGA